AUGAAUCCCGAUGGACUGGGUGCGCUGGGAUUCGUCUCGCAGCAUCUGUACUUAAUCACCUUUGUUCUCACCGCUUACUUUGCUGUCGGGCGAUUACGACAGUACUGGCGCUUGAGCCACUUCAAGGGUCCCGCGACGACGGGCAUCUCAUGGUGGUGGCACUCCAAGGCCGUCCUCAGCGGCCAGGCUCACCGGUACUACGGAGAUGUGACGGAGAAAUAUGGACCGAUUGCGAGGGUCUCGCCUGAGCAUCUCAUCACAUCGUCGCCUGAAUUGUGGGCGUACAUCAAUGGGGUGCGGUCGCCUUAUCAAAGAGCGCCUUGGUAUUACCAUGCUGCACGUUUUGAGCCGGGAAAGGACAAUGUCUUUACCGAUUGUAAUACCGACCGCCAUGAUGCGAGACGAAAGAAAAUGGCAUCUGGGUACGCCGGUAAAGAAAACCCGGCCUUGGAGUCCUCCAUCGAUGGCCACGUCCAGGAGCUUGUCACCCUAGUCAGGAAAUAUGCUUUGCCGGCCGCAUCAACCGACGUUUCAAGGCCAAUGGACAUGGCCAAGAAAAUCCCAUUCUUCACCCUCGAUGUUAUCAGCCACGUCGGUCUCGGAAAGGCAUUCGGCGAUCUCCGAGCUGACGAGGACGUGAACGAUUAUCUCAAAUCCUCCGAAGAAGGCCUCAAGAUUGGUAACACAGCUUUCGCGCUUGGUCUGUCCUGGCUGCGCGAAGUGCCAAUCAUCGGGCCUGUACUCAGUCCCUCCGAGAAGGAUGUCUCUGGCUUCGGAAGGAUGAUGGCAGAAGCGCGAAAGAUCAUCAAUGAGCGACGAUCGAGAUCGACCGAGGGCAAGUCGGACAUGAUUGCUUCGUUCAUACGAAAUGGCGUUGCCGGUGAAGACUUAUUCCAAGAAGCGUUUGAACAGAUCCUCGCUGGAUCGGACACUACGGCUGCUUCUAUCCGAAUCAUCCUACUCUACAUCAUGACCCAUCCUCGCGUGUACACCAAACUACAGGCCGAAAUUGAUGCAACAGUCCAAGCCGGUACUGCUCCGUCUUCACCAGACGUCAUCCCAGAUGCAGAAGCACGUCGCCUACCUUAUCUCAACGCCGUGGUCCGCGAAGGAAUGCGGGUGCAUCCACCCGUCGUCAACUUAUUCUCCCGCGUAACACCCGAGCAGGGCGAUCUAGUCACCGUCUCCGGUAAAGAGUACUUCAUCCCAGGCGGCACUAUGGUCGGCUACUCAGCCUGGAGCAUGCACCGCAACAACCGCGAUCUCUACGGCGCAGACGCUGCUGCUUUCCGUCCCGAGCGCUGGUUCGUCGACGAAAGCCUCCCUGGGGAAAAAGACCGCCUCGCACGCAUGACCAAGACGAAUGACAUGAUCUUUGGCUACGGGAGGUGGGUGUGUCUCGGUAGGACGAUUGCGCUGCUUGAGAUCUACAAGUGUGUCUUUGAAUUGUUUAGGCAUUUUGACUUUACGCUCGUCAAUCCGCAUGAGCCGUGGCAGGCGUUCAACUCGCUGGGGCUGUGGGAGAUACGCGACAUGUGGGUGAAUGUUACACUGAGGUCGUAA